AUGGAGCCCCGGACUGGAGAUUUUGUGGACCUCGCGGACGUUCACCGAGCCGAAGACAAGCAUUUGCCCAGCCGGGCGGCGCUCAGAUCGCCUAUGCUCCCGAGUUGGCUGAUUUCCCCGGGCUUUCCAUUCGUCGCUGUCUCCGUGGCGGACUCGACAGGGUGGGUCGAGAGGGGUUGGGGGGCGAAGGAACUUCGCCGAGUGAUGCCGUGA